UGGCCUGUUCCCGUUUCUGCUAACCUCCAUCUGAUGACCAGAGCAGGAGGGAAGGAGCUGGUCUUCAUCGUAGGCCACUGAGUGCGUCGGGCCUUUUCUCCCCUCCUUCCUCAAGCCUCAAAGGGCAGAGCUGGGCACCCAGAAGGGGCCACCAUGGCCACGAAGAGACAAGCCAGGCGGCAGCCGCUUCUGCUCCUGCUGUUCGUUGCCGUGGCCUUCAUCCACCUGGCCGCCUGUCCCUACGCCAAGGUGGAGGAGAGCUUCAACCUUCAGGCCAUCCACGACCUGCUCUAUCACCGCUGGGACCUGGACAAGUACGAUCACCACGAGUUUCCCGGAGUCGUCCCAAGAACGUUUCUUGGGCCGAUCUUAAUCGCAGCCUUUUCCAGCCCUGUGAUCUAUGUGCUGUCCAUGCUGGAAAUGUCCAAAUUUUAUUCUCAGCUGAUAGUCAGAGGGAUUCUGGGGCUCGGUGUCAUCUACGGACUCUGGAAGCUGCAGAAGGAGGUGCGCAGGCAGCUGGGCGCCACCGUGGCCACUGUCUUCUGCCUCAUCACGGCCUCGCAGUUCCACCUGAUGUUCUACUGCACGCGGACGCUGCCCAACGUGUUUGCACUGCCCAUAGUGCUGCUGGCCCUGACGACCUGGAUGCAGCAGAAGCGCGCGCUCUUCAUCUGGCUCUCAGCGUUCGCCAUCAUCGUCUUCAGGUCAGAGCUGUGUGUCUUCCUCGGCCUCAUGCUGCUGCUGACCUUGUUAAGUAGGAAGGUCACGCUCCUGAAGGUGCUGGGUCACGCCAUUCCCGCCGGCAUCGUCUGCUUGGGACUGACGGUCGCCGUGGAUUCCGUGUUCUGGCGCCAUGUUUUAUGGCCAGAGGGUCAAGUGCUUUGGUACAACACGAUUCUGAAUAAAAGUUCGGACUGGGGUACCGCGCCCUUCCUAUGGUACUUCUACUCGGCCCUGCCCCGGGCCUUGGGCUGCAGCCUUCUCUUCGUGCCGCUGGGCCUGUGGGAUCGCCGCACGCGGGCGCUGAUCCUGCCUGCGCUGGGCUUCAUCUUCCUCUACUCAUUCCUCCCUCACAAGGAGCUGCGCUUCAUCAUGUACACCUUCCCCGUCUUGAACAUCGUGGCCGCCAAAGGCUGUUCCCGCAUGCUGAACAACUCCCGGAAGUCUUGGCUGUACAAGCUCGGCUCCCUCCUGGUCCUGGCUCAUCUCGUGGUCAAUGCCGCCUACUCGGCAACGUCGCUCUACGUCUCCCACUUUAACUACCCGGGGGGGGUGGCCAUACAGAAACUCCACGAGUUGGUGCCCCCCAAAACAGAUGUGGCGCUUCACAUCGACGUGGCCGCGGCGCAGACAGGCGUCUCUCGCUUCUUACAGGUCAAUGACGACUGGAAGUACGACAAGAGAGAAGGCUUGACGCCCGGGGCGGGGCCCAUGAUGUCCUACACGCACCUGCUCCUGGAGAUGGACCCCGUGCAGCUGUCCCUCUACCAGAAGACCCACCGCGUGCUGGCCAACAUCGCGGGCACCACGGGCGUCAAGCUCAACCUCACCAAACUACCUCCCUUCGACCUGAACUUGAAGACCAAGCUGGUGCUUUUGGAGAGACUGCUCAGGCCCUCCUGAGGGGCAGCGGCCCCUCCCCUGCUGACCACCCCUCACGGCCAUCGGCAGGGCAGAUGGAAGCCAGCGGAGCCCCCUGCCCAGAUGAGGC